GUUUAAAAUCAAAUAUGUCAGAGUUUAACAAAGAAGGCAGUACUCCUCUAAUGUUUACAAACCAAAGCCCAAUGCUAGAUAACCUUCAUAUGAGUGGAGGAAUGUUUAAACAAUCACCAUUAACACUCAACAUGCUGUCUCAGCUAAUGAAUAUCAGCUCGCCUCCCAUGCUUGAGAAUCUUGGAGACGAUUCAGCAAAGAAGCUAUCACCUGAUAAAAAGAAGAUGGUCAAAUUUACUCCAAAAGCAUUCAGCCCAGUAAUGGAGUCUCCAACCCCUCUCAACAUGCUAUCAUCAAGCUUGAUGGCUAACAUUGGAAGCGGGUUAGGUCAAGGAAAUGUUGGAAACAGUGCAUUUUUGACUGCUUCAAAAUUUGCGCAAGAUAGUUUCAGAACUCCUGCAUUUAACAAAGCUCCAUCACUGCUUAUCCCAAAAGUUACCCCAAAGGCUGAAUCUGUAAACUCAGCUUCAAAGAUAUCCAAUACAGCAAAGGAGGAAGUGUACAAAUCUGAGACUUCCUCAAACACAAAGCUUCUUAAUGAUUUCAAGAGUAGAAAAUUUUCACACAAGGAUGAAAAAAUCCCUCUCCCAUCAGUUUUUGGAGAUGGAAUAAUCUAUGUCUCCGCGAAGAGAUAUAAGAGAAUCUUGAUCAGAAGGAAGAAGCGCAAGGCUGAGAAAAGACUUGUCCCAAAACCAAAGACUAAGACAAAGAGAGAACCGAUGCACCAGAGUCGUAGCAAGCUUGCCAAGAGAAGGAUCAGAGAUGAAAAUGGCAGAUAUAUCCCCAUCAAGACUGAUGAAGACAAGAAGAAUAAAGUAAAAUGUACAAGAGGAAGAAAAUCUCGGAAAUACUAUGAACUGAUGGAAAGAUUCGAAAAUGAAGGAAAUACAGAGAUGAUCGAAAAGCUGAAGGUGCAUGGGACCAAAGGACUUGACUUAUCGAAGUACGAAUAACUUAAUU